CCAUCUCGUCCUUCUAAACGCCAGCACAUAAGAGAUCGUGAAGAUAAUAUUGAUGAAACGAAUGUGUCGUCUAUUAUUCAAUCAAUUUUCAGACGUAAUCGUCCUAUCCGUCAUUUUGACGACGACGACGAUGAUGAUCUAAUGGAAGCCUCUGCAAUGGAUGUGUUCAAUGAAGAAGCGCGUUCUUCUAAGAUUGGAAGAAAGGAAGAUGAAGAGCAAGAACGGCUUGACCAACAAAGGC